GUUCAGCAUCCCAGGUGGAGGACAAAUAAUUGUUUUAUGCUUAGUCUUUUGUCUUUGUCCAUGUCAUGUAAAAUUACUAAUUGACCACCAGACUGGAAAGAAACGCCUGACUGCAGCGAAUAACAAAUGCUAGAGCAAUGGAGCGAUGAUAAUAAAAUGGAAAUUUUCAAGCCUCAGCAAUCUGGUGAAUUAACUUGUAAUGUGGACAAACGAUCAAUUAACGAGGAUGGCGUAGGUCAAGUAAUUUGUCUUGAAAAUCCACAUCUUUUAAAAACUUUGCAAGAACAUUCGCUUGCAGCUGCAACUGUUUCAAAUUUAAAUAUAAAUAUAAAGCGUUUUAACGAUGCCAAAGAAAAUAAAAAUACCUGUAGAGACAAUGUGGAAUAUUUAGACCAUGGUGGUAUCAAUCAACUGGGAGGAACAUUUGUUAAUGGACGUCCUCUUAUUGAACCUGUUCGUAGAAAAAUUGUUGAGUUGGCACAUCAAGGUGUCCGGCCAUGUGACAUAUCUCGACAGUUAAGAGUUUCUCAUGGAUGUGUCAGUAAAAUACUUAGUCGAUUUUAUGAAACAGGGUCAGUCAGACCUGGUGUAAUUGGUGGUAGUAAACCAAAAGUUGCUACUCCUUCUGUUGUUGCUAAAAUACAAGAGUACAAACAGCAUAACCCAACAAUGUUUGCAUGGGAGAUAAGAGAUAAACUGUUAUCAGAGCAAAUAUGUGAUAGUGAUUCUGUGCCAAGUGUAAGUUCUAUUAACCGAAUUGUUCGAAAUCGUUUAGGAUCCUCAUCUCAUGCCUCAAUGGCUGAUUUAAACUCACCAUUACUAAAGAUUGAUCCUGAUAUGACACAUUAUUUUGUGCAUCCUGGUUUGCCAAUCCAAAUUGGUGCUAUUUCAACCAAUUUUCCAGGUUCUAUUCAUGCACAUUUACCAAGAACUACUUCAGGUUCAUACUCGAUUAGUGGAAUUUUAGGAAUGGCAGUACCAUCUUCUCAAGGUAAUUUAGGCACACUAAUAAUGUGUUCUGACUAUUCUAUUCCUAAUGUGCAACAGAUACAUUCUCAUGUUUUAAAUGAUGAAAAAGGUAAUGUUCAUAUUAUGCAAGAAGGAGAAAUUGCUCCUAGUAUUGAUCAUCCCACUCAAGUUAAUGCAAAUGAAUAUGUUUUAGAAAGUAGUGACUCGUUUCAUGAUUCUUCAGCUGCUUCAUCUUCAUCAUUAUCUAAUGAAGAAGAUAAGUUUUCAAAUGAACAAAUUAAUAAACCUUAUUACAUGAAAAUGGAUUUAAAUUUUGAUUCAGAAAAUGAAAAAAAUACGAACAAAAAGACUUCUAUGCAAAUAAAUGAUGUAGAUGACUCUAAGUUUGAUAUGUCAUUGCAAAGUACUAUUCAUCAUGCAUUUUCACACUCUAAUGAACAGACAAAUCAUACAUUUAAGAAGGCAAUGCGUCGUGUACGCACAACAUUUUCUCUUGAACAACGCAGAGCCCUUGAAGAUGCUUUUGAAAAAACACCAUAUCCUGAUGCUGAGCAAAGAGAAGAAAUAUCAAUUCAAUGUGAUCUUCCUGAACCUCGUGUCCAGGUAUGGUUUUCAAACAAACGUGCUAAACUUCGAAGACAAGAUCGCAAUGAGGAUAAGCAAGAUUCAAUUAAAAAUAAAGAAAUGAUUUCUUCUCAUUUGGACUUUCAACGCAUUCAAAAUCAUAUUAAGCAAUAUGAUUGUAAGAAUAAUUCUGAAGAAAAUAAUCAAUCAUGUUUUCCCGAUGAAUAUCAAGAUCAAAUCAAUGUUCAUGAUGACGUUAAAAAUUGCUUGUUGAACUCUGAACUCAAUACUUCAACUACUGAUCAUCGUUUCACAAAUAGAGUUUUAUCAGAAAUAAAAACUUCUGAUAGUGCUACUAACUCGUGUUCAUUACCUCCUGUCAGCACAUUAACAAAAUCUACUAACCAACACCAUGACGAUGGUUGGCCACAUCAACAACGCAAACUUUUUGUUCUUGGUAACUACUAACAGUUGAAAUUUUUCUUUGCCUAUAAAAAAAUCAUGUUGAUAUAUAUUAUAACUCAUAAGAAUGAUACAUAUGUAUACAUUCAUAUUUAUAUAUAAUGUAUAUAUGUAUAUAUAUAUAUAGAUGUGUAUGCAUAUAUAUAGAUGUUUGUCUGUGAACAUUUACACGAAUUAUUUUUGUUAUUAAAAACCUAAACAUUCAAUUUUUUUUUUAAAAUUGUUGAUAGUUUCUUGACUUCUCCUCAUAAACCAAGUGGAGUAAAACACGUGAAUAUAGUUUUUUUAUUAUACUUAAUUUAUUUGCACCCAAAGAAUCUCAUCCUGCUUAGGGAUCGUCAAUAAAUUACGCAGAAGUAGGAGAUAUUAAGCUCUUUUACGUGGCGAUUUUCAAUAAACUUAAUGGGUUACUUUAAUUUUUUAUUUAAAUUAAGACUAUAUGAAGAAAAACUUUUGAUCUUUUUUUGUUUUGUUUAUUGUGAAAGUUUGCGUUACGUAAUUUAUUGACGAUCCCUUAUGGUUUUCAAAUUUGAAACUAAUUAAAAGCCUUUUAGUCUUUUUUUUUUUUUAAAUAACUAUAAAUUUUUUAGUUAUAAAUUAAAUAUAAAUAGUUUUGAUACCUCUUAUUUAAAAAGAUGUUUUUAUUGUGUUCCUAGAAGUUUUUAGAAAUGAAAAUAGUUUGAACUUUUUAUUAUAUUUGCGUGUUGUUUACAUUUUUGUUGCAUUUGUGUUUAGUCUAUGUAUGUGUUGAUGAAAUUUUUUUGUGUUAAACGGUAUUACUAUAUAAACUUGUCUUUUGUAAUUUUAUAAAUUGUUGUGUUUUAUUUUGACUCAAGUUUAUUUUUUUUUCUUUGAGAUAUUUAUAUUGAUUUUAUUUAUUUCUUUUAUUUAUACUUUUAUAUCGUUUACAUUGAGACAUUUAUAUUGUGCAUUGAGCAAAAAAAGGUAUUUUUUUAUAUAUAGUUUCGUACCUAAAUAAUGUAAUCAAAUACUAUUUAUAUGAGAAAGGUUUUCACUUUUUUUUGUU